UCUCUCUCUCUCCUCUCUCUCCUCUCUCUCCUCUGGUAUAUAAGGCUCUGGUUACCGUAAGUGCCAGAGCUGUGUAGAGAGCUCUGCAGAGCCUUGUGUAGCUGGACUCUAAUUUCGCGUGGGCCAUGGGCGACAUGAGUCUACAUAGGCGGGAUUAGGGCCUGGUUACGCGAGACGGCUCUGUAAAGAUGUAUAGUGGACCUCUACAAAUAGUAUAAAGUAGUGCGCGCAUGAGGUUUGGAAUUCAAGGAAGGUUAGAUAUCAACAACGCCUGCAAAGAUGUAUAACGUGAUUAUGCUCGGAGUGAUUUUUCUGUUCUUGUUUACUGCGUUUCAGACAAGUACAGUGGUUGAGCCAACGGUGUUGCAGCAGAUUUAUGGCAAAGAGAAAGGAAAUACAAUUGGAUUUAAUAGUGUGGCCAUCAUCUAUGCUGUGUUUACCUUUGCUAACUGGCUGGCACCUUCUGUGGUGUCAGUGCUUGGGGCAAAAUGGACUCUGUUUCUGUGUGGGAUUCCAUAUUGUCUGUUCCUGGGGGCAAUCAUUCAUCCAUUUACCUACACGGUCUAUAUUGGUGCUGCACUAUUGGGACUGGCUGCUGGACCUUUGUGGACUGCUCAGGGUCUUUAUUUGACACAAAACUCUAACAAGGACACUAUUGGGAGGAAUUCAGGGAUAUUUUGGGCUCUUCUUGAGUCAAGCCUGGUGAUAGGAAACCUGUUUGUAUAUUUAUACUUACCAGCAGAUAUAGCUACUAUCACUGAUCAAGAGAGACAUGUUAUAUAUGGGACAUUUACAUCUUUGGGUGUUCUUGGUGUCAUUGGUGUCGUUUUGCUUGGUCGUCCAACCUCCUUUAGGCGUGGAGAUGGUAGUUACAGUCUCAAUUUGAGCCAAGAACACACCACUCCAGUGGCUCGAGACUACGGUCUGACUGCACUCAAGGACGCGUUCCAUCUUGUUCAGACAAAGGAGAUGAUGCUUGUCAGUUUGGCAUCAUUUUAUACAGGCAUCAGUCUGACGUUCUUUAGUAGUGUAUACGACACAGCAGUCGGAAACAUUGAAGCUACUCCAAAAUUUGGCCCCCAUUUUACUAAACGUGAUGUCGCCUUAGCAGGAUUGUUAGUCGGCCUAGGCGAGAUAACAGGUGGCUUGCUUUUUGGAUUGCUUGGAAAGCGGGUGGUUCGGAGCGGUAGAGAUCCUGUCAUUGUGCUCGGUCUAGUCACUCACAUUGUGUUUGUGGGUGUGACAUUUCUUAAUUUACCAUCGAAUUCUCCGUAUGAGGUGACAGUUGACCUUUCAAGAACUCCAUAUAUCCUCCCACUGGGACCAAGUGUGUAUGUUGCCAUGAUUAGUGCGUAUUUGCUCGGGUUCGGAGACAGCUGUUUCAACACUCAGAUCUACUCAUUUCUUGGCGACACGUAUGAAACCAAUAGUGCUCCUGCUUUUGCGUUGUACAAGUUUUUUCAGUCACUGGCAGCAUCAAUCUCAUUCUUCUACAGCCCAUAUCUCGAUAUUCAAUAUCAAUUGUUAAUAAUGGUUGUAUUUGCUGUUAUUGGAAGUGCAGGAUUUAUUAAUGUGGAAUGGAGUACGCAGAGGAGGGGCGGGUAUCUGGCUAUCAAAUAGUUUGACAUUGAGACAUUGGGUGGUUGAUUGGCUAUGGUAUGUGUAUGCUGUCAUUUGUGGCAUGGUGUUAAUUAAUAUUUGCUGUUUUCCUUGCUUUCCAUGCUGGUGUAGUGGUUGAUAUUUGGUUUGCAGAGAUAUUUUGUGAUGUAGUCAGCAAUAUAUGUUUUAGAAAAAACUC